AUGUUGGAAAUUUUUAUUAAAGGCAUUAAUUUACUUAAUUUGAUCUCAUUCUUGGCACUGUUUACUACAGGUGGUCUUUUCUUGUGUGGCUUACCGAUAUGUCGACAGAUAUGGAAACACCAAGAUACAAAAGAAAUUAGUGGUGUGCCUUUCAUAAUGGGUGUUGUUGGAGGGUCAUGCUGGUGGGCUUACGGAUAUGUCAAGAAUGAUCAGACUGUUAUUUGUGUUACUAGUGUUCAAGUUGUUUUGUACACUUCUUAUCUCAUUUUCUACUGGAUUAUGUCUAAAAACAAAUAUACCUUAAAAAUAAUGCCACCAGCCAUUGUUUGCAUUACUUGUAUUUUCUUGAAUGUGGCUGACUUUGCAGCACCGCUUGCAGGCAUUAAAUAUGUAAUCAGAAACCAUUCUACACAAACUUUGCCAUUACCGUUAUGCAUUGCCAAUUUUUUGGUGUCAACGGAAUGGUUCGUUUAUGGGUUACUGAAAAUGGAUUUUUAUUUAAUUUUACCAAAUGGAAUUGGUUCAACUUUAGCACUAGGACAGCUUACCCUUUUUUUGAUUUUACCACAUAAAACAGGCAUCCAAACUCCCUUAGCAAAGUUUUUUAAAUACAUUACGCCAUUUUAUGUCAAAGCCGAUAGCAGCUCCAUUGAUGCAGAUUUUGGUAAGUGUGUUAGUAAGGAGGUGAGAAAAGCAAAAAAUUUUGCAGCAAAAGCAAUACCUGAAAAUAUAUCUUGUAUCAUUAAAGAUCAAUUUGCUUAUACAGACGUGUUGAAUGACACGGCAGAUUCAUUGAAUAUAUCGGUGAUAACAAAGACUGAGAAAAAAGCAUCAGAAACCAGUACAAACUUUGAAUCUCCAUUGUUUGUACAUGAAGGAAAGCCAAAAAUCUUGUGUCGAGAACUUUCAACUAGAUUAAAAGGUGAUAUAAAAAAAUUGGUUUUGGUAUCACGCUCCAAAUCUGAACCAAUUGUGGCCUUUUAA